CCAGCCGACCGUCGACCGACUCACCUCGAUCCGAGCCUCCCCUGCCUUCUUUGCAGGUGUUUGUUCGAUGGACUUUCAUACCCUUUGUCUGUAGCGACCCGCGCUUUGUGCAAGUGUCCGCAUUGCUUCGGGCCAGUUCGUUGUCGUGCGGCCCCGAUCUCCGCUCCCCACAUGUCUCGCGCUCCAGCUCUAUCAUCAACCACGAUUCACGGCCUGUCCUCAUCACCUUUGGACCCGGAUCACGCGAAGUCGCAUCCAGAAGCCUGUGGCCGUAAUCGCGUCGCGGUUCACUUUCGACAUUAUGGCGACGGCAAUCUCCAAGCCCACCUCGCAUACCCCUAAGAUGAAGCGACCGCCCCCGCCUUUCGUCCAGACCGGAGUCAACGGAGUCAAGUCCCAACAGUCUUCCAUCUCAUCCCCUCCUGCAACCGCGAAACGCCUUCCAGGCGCAAGUCAACCGACAUCGGCGAGCUCCGCAACCGGUCCGCCGUUGAAUGGCGCCAAUGGCGCGGCUAAUGCUGGUACGACCUCGACUAAGGGAUCUCGAUCUCCGAACCGACCGAAGAAGGAGGCGCAAACUCAUGGCGACCAGGCUUCGCGAGCACAGAAGCCAUUAAUGAGGACCUUAUCGAUGGACAAUGAUCGUCGCGCCGGGAACAGGUGUCCCGAGCCAUACGUCAAAACGCCGUCUUACAUCCUCAAGAAAUUCGCCAAAAGCCCACCUUCCCUCAUUCUACAUCUCCACCCGACUCACUUUCGCUUCGAGCAACAAGAUGGCAGCUUCCCUUACAAUUCCGAGAUGAAGGUCAUCAUCGAACAUAUCCGUGCCGGAACCGUUCCCCAUGAUAUGAUGGAGGAGCUGUUGCGGGCCAACGUUCGAUUCUAUGAAGGCUGCCUGAUCGUUCGCGUGGUAGAUCAUAAGUCGGUGUCGGCCCAUGCAAGGAAAUCGACAGCCCCGGCGUCAAAUGAGAGUAACACUCCAUUCUCAAUCCAUAACUACAAUGAGCAUGUCACGCCAUCGGCUUAUGUUCCAUACCCGAAACAAAGCCAAUUAAACUCGGAAAAGCCCGUCGGGGAGAAGGCACCUAGCGCAAAUCAGCACGAUAUCAAAACAAACGGUGAGCAAGCUGGCGACCCAGGAAGUCGUGCGGAAGAAACUUCGUCGAACUCCACUCAGCCAAAACAGCCUCCGAAACCUCGAGUCUUUACUACCGUUCUCCAUCCAACUCCACGUUCUUUUCAGGCCGAGCUGACACUGCUUGCUACUACACCCGACCCCAAAUCUGCAAGACAGCAGGCGUCCAAUGCCACUUCUCACUCUCACCAAUCCUCAUCUACAGCACCUUCGUCUCCAGGGACGUCCAAUCAGUCUGACCGCGGGCCUGUCCCAAAACGACAGAAGAUGAUGGUUGAACCUCAGGAUUUUCUGGAAUGUGAAUCCAAAUUGACCAGAGCGCUAGCACCCCCUCUCUUCUUAGAUCCUGUCCAUAGCUUUGAUGCUAUGCAGGAUCUAUUGAAGCACAUGGAGAGCCCGCUUCACCGUGAUCCGCCACCAUCACCCAAGAGGCGGAAGCGCACCGUGGCUGAGCUUGCUGCUGACGAGGCGCUGGCAGCCGAGGAAGAGAGAUUCAUGCUCAUCAUGGACGAGCGACUGGAACCGACAACUGCAGGUGGUGCCGGAGGACCGAAGUCUGCUGUUGUGGAUGAUACGGGCGGCGGCGCGCCUUUCGAGCCGCGCUUCUCAAGAUUCAAGACGCUAGAGAAUAUUCGUAUGCAGCAUGAGGAGAAGGCGAAGCGAGAACACGAGGUCAAGCUGAAACAGGAGCUGGCCAAACGGCAACAGCAGGAGCAAGAGAGAGAGAGACGCCGUGCUCUGGAGCAACGGCAGGCCGAGGAGCACGCCAAGGAAGAAGCUCGAAGACAGCUUGUUGCAGCGCAGCAAGCUCAGGCACAGCUUGCAGCGCAGCAGCAGCAGACUCGGCAUGUAAUGACUCAAACGAACGGAAUCAGUCAAGCACCUCAGUCUUCGCCGGUAGUCCGCAAUCAGACACCACACAACAUAUCUUCGCCUGUGGUUGGCAACACGAUAGCGGCACAGCCGGGUGUCCCUAUGAGCAUGACGAAUUCGAUGCAGGGAGCGGGAAGCCCUCCAAGGCCACCAUCUGCACUCCAACACGCCCACCCCACAGUUAUGAGCCAUCCCAUGGCGCCUUCCAGGAGCCAGCAGGGACAGAGCCGACAUGGAACACCUCAGUUGAAUGGCACCCCAGCAUUAUCUCAUUCUACCCCUAUCAUGCGCAACGUCACACCAACGCAGCGGAUGAGCCACGCCAGCCCAAGCCACUCGACCAUGGCUCCUACACCUGUCUUGAACCAAGCCACCAUGAUGGGAACUCCGCAAAUGAGCAAUGGAAUGGGUCUCACUCCACAACAGCAACAGCAGAUGCUGUUACAACAAAGACAGCAGCUCCUCGCGCAACAAAGUCAUAUGGUACAAAAUCAGUUUUCGCCCAAGCAGGUGGCUCAGAUGCAUGCCAACGUGCACGCGCAGCAGAAUAUCCAAGCCCACCAGCAACAGAUGCUACAGGCUCAGCAACAAAACUACCAGGGGCAGCCAAAGUUCCCCAACCCUCAGGCGUAUCAGGCUCAGUUAAUGCGUGCGCAGCUCGCACAGAUGCACAUGGCUCAGCAGCAACAACAGCAGCAGCAGGCACAACAACAACAGCAACAGCACCAGCAAGUUCAAGGCCAGCAAUCGCAACCUCAACAAGGACAGGUACACCAAAACAGCCCACAUAUGAACCCUCAACAACAAAUGCUAAUGGCAGCGGCUCAGGCCAACGGAGGUCUGCGACAAGCGAAUGCCCCACAAGCCAACAGUGUUGCACAGCGCUAUCAACAAUUGUACGCUCAACGAUUGAUUCGAUUGCGGCAAGAAAUGGCUGCCAAGUAUAUGCCACAAUACGGCUCGCCCGCACAGUUUCCACAACAUAUCCAACAACAAUAUACCACUGGCCUUGAGAAUGCAGCCAAAAUCUGGGUUCAGGAGAUCAUGCGACGAGAGCGUGACAUGGUUCAGCAUCGUGCCUCUCAGGUUGCUGCUGUCCAAGCCCAGGUAAUGCAACAGCAACAACAAAACAUGAUGCAGAACAGGGGCAAUAGUUGAGAGAUGCUCAAACCCAGCUGAACACGACCAUUGGUUAUAACGAGCCUUAUACCAGCCGCAAGGCUUUUUUCUGCCUUUUUUUUUUUUGAUUCUUA